GGCUGGGGGAUGUGUAAAAGAAGAAGCGUUGCUAAUUUUUUUUGUUUGUUUGCUUUUCCAUGCAUGCGUAAUGAGGCCUAAUCAGAGCACGUUGCCGCUGCUCGGAAGGCACUUUUGUAUUUAAAGCCUUGCAAAGAAAAAAAGAUCCACAGACGGAUCCGCAUAACAGCUUGCAGGGCUUGUUGACAACAGCAGCAGCAUCAGUCGCCCAGAGAGAAAGAGACCUCGAAGCCUACCUUCCUGCCUUCCCCGCGCUGCCUUCGCGCUGACGGGGAGAGACAUUUCUCCUCUCUGCUGCCCGAAGUGCGACCCGAGCCCAAGGGAACGAGAGGAGCCGGCACCGCCUGCGGGAUCGGAGCGGCUGGCAUGUGCAGAGAUGCUGCGAGCGGAGAGUUAAGAGCUCUCGAGAAGGCAGCGGCAGCAGCCGGGCAUUUAUUUGGUGCAAAAAAGAAAAAAGAAAAGCGAAAGAGGCACGGAACUGCAUGAGGAUCGGGUCAGCACCAUGAGUACUCCCGACGCCGCCUUCAAGUCCCCAAGCGCACUCCGGAGCCGCGCUCCUCCGCGCCCCGCUCUGCGCUGAGCUCCACGCCGCCGCGGAGCCGCCGAGCCGAACCAGACCGGGCCGGGCAGGGAGCAGCGCCGGGGGGCUCGGAGCGGUCCCGGGGCGAUUGCUUCGCACCGCGGCUCCGCCGCUUCCAGCAACAGGGGGCCGCAGCCCGCGCGGAUGGAUUGAUGCGAGGAGACCUCAUGCGCACGGCCGGCGGGAGUUCUGCAAACUUUCUCAGCGGCGGCAGCUACUUCUCUUCUUCCUCCUCCUCGCCCGGCGGCACCUCUCCCCCGCGACCCCGCGGCAGCAGCAGCCUCGGCCGCCCGCGAUGCCGGCCCGCCCGCCCGCCUGGCUGUGGCUGGCGGCGGCGCUGGGCGCCGUGUGGCCGCCCCGCAGCUCUCCGGUGCAGGGCCGGCGGCUGAUCUGCUGGCAGGCGGUGCUGCAGUGUCAGGGGGAGCCCGAGUGCAGCUACGCUUACAACCAGUACGCCGAGGCGUGCGCCCCGGUGCUCCUGCAGCAGCAGCCGGCGGCGGGCGGCGGGGACGGGCCGGCGGCCGCCGCGGCCUCGGCCGCCUCCCGGCGGCGGUGCCCCAGCCACUGCAUCGCGGCCCUCAUCCAGCUCAACCACACCCGGCGCGGCCCGGCGCUGGAGGACUGCGACUGCGCUCAGGACGAGAACUGCCGCGCUACCAAGCGCGCCAUCGAGCCCUGCCUGCCCCGCACCAACAGCCCCGCGGCCGGCGGCGCGGGGGGCGGCGGGCCCGGCGGCGGCGCGGGGGGCGGCCCCGGCGUGAUGGGCUGCACGGAGGCGCGGCGGCGCUGCGACUGGGACAGCCGCUGCAGCCAGGCGCUCAACCGCUACAUGGCCUACUGCGGGAAGCUGUUCAACGGGCUGCGCUGCACGCCCGAGUGCCGCGCCGUCAUCGAGGACAUGCUGGCCGUACCCAAGGCCGUGCUGCUCAACGACUGCGUCUGCGACGGGCUGGAGCGGCCCAUCUGCGAGUCGGUCAAGGAGAACAUGGCCCGCCUCUGCUUCGGCGCCGACAUGGGCAGCAACGGCGCGGGCAGCAGCGGAGGCUCGGACGGCGGCCUGGAGGAGUACUACGACGAGGACUACGAGGAGGAGCCGAGCCAGAAGGGGAGGGACGAGGCGGAGGACAAUGCGGGCCCGGAGCCCGGCUUCCCCAUGCAGGCGGAUGGUGCCGGCCGGGCCGGCAGCGCGGCCUGGGCGAUGCUGGCCUCCAUCUUGCUGCCGCUGCUACCGCCGCUCUAGCCCCCCGCCCGGCCCCGGCCCCGGCCCCGGCCCCGGCCCCGGCCCCGGCCCCGGCCCCGGCCCCGGCCCCGGCCCCGGCCGGCGGGGCUCCCCCGCUUCCAGACGAGCGGACAGUUAUUCCCGCCGUUAUCCGGGCGCCGCCUCUGUGUGUCUGUCCCCGUGUGCACUAUGCAAUGCGUCCCGGCCGCCUGGCGCUGCGGCCCGCGGUGAGGUGAGGGAAAGGACUGUGAGCUGGCUCCCCGCCGCCUCGGAGGGAGGGAUAGGAAGCGAGGGCACGGCCGUGUGUCUGUAGAGAUUUGACAUGAAGGUUAGAAAGAGGCGAGCUGCCCGAAUUGCUGCCAAAGCUAUUGCCCAGCAACCUGACUGUCACUCGAUACCGCUGUGCCCGGUGCCGCGCUGCAUCUGCCGCUCACUGAGCUUAGGAAAACACCGGCUGGGUGAGGUUAGGUGGUUCACAGCGCUGCCUCUUGCACACACGUCUGCCCCUAACGCAGCCGGCUGGCAGCCGCCUCUCCUAACCUAGCGGAACACAAAAAUAAUUGUUUUCAAAGAGAGUUGUUGGCUGUCGCAAACAAUGCAACUUGUCUUCCAAAAGAGCUCUGCACUGCCAUCUUCGAAAGACACUUUUAAACUCAGAACGUGUAUGUUCACAUAUCCUGAGAAGCUAUAUUGCCUCUUGUCGUAUCAGGGUGCUGACCUCUGGUAAAUCUUUAUAUAAAGAUGUAUUUAAAACUGGGAUUUGUUACCAGUCGCUCUUCUUUGUUUAUACAAUUUUAUAAAUUGUAUGCUUUUGGGGAUAAUUUAUUUAAGAAAAAAAUAAUAAAAGUUUUAAAUCCACAUCCUAUUUGCCAGGUAAUCACGUGCUAUUCUUUUCUGGAAAGGUACAGGUUUUGUUUUACUUGUAAAGGGUUACCAGCAGCGACGAUUCACUGACGUAUUCUCUAGAACACCGAAUGUACAGUGUAUUUUAUAGAUUUGGAGUUAACUUUCUUAUUUGGAGAGACUUUAUGAACAUUGUAGAAUUGUAUGAACGCAUUUCCAAGCUGCCUUAAACCUAGUAUUUUUUAUAGAAGGCGUAACAAAGGCCUGUAUUUCAAAUAUGUAUGGCUUUUUGUAUUUUCUAAAUGUUUAAAUUAGUAAAGAAAGAGCUUUAAAUAAUGGAUGUGGUGAAAUUGUUUUCCAGGGACACUUGAACUCUCAGCACCCGAGGUUGGAGGGGGGGAGGGGGGGGCGGGAGACGACCACGGAAAAACGAACCAAAAACAACCAACAAGCAAAAAUCUCUGCCUGCCUGUAAUACUUUACAUAGAUGUAAAUUACUGCUAUUCUUACGUUAAUGAAUAAUUACAUGCAAGAAGUAAAUACGGCUUUGAAAAUA